UGCGUGCCAACACAAAAAAAAAACCGAAUUUUAGCAAAUCAUCGCGUGAAUAUGGGGUGUCUCGCAAAAAACUGUCUCGUCGGUGGCAUGGCUUACCCUCUCCCUCUCGCUCAACACGCCCACCUACGAGGCGCCUAUUAUCUCUAGAUCAAGAAAAGGCACUUAUUCUAUGGAUUGAUUAUCUAGAUAAUAUAGGCGCGCCUCCUACGAAUCAGCAAAUUGAGGAAAGUGCGAAUUAUUUGCUCGGCAAAGAUUUCAGGGGUCAAGGAGAGCCCCCUCUCGCCGGAAAAAAUUGGGUACACGAUUUUAUCAAGCGCCUGCCAAAACA